AUGUCUGACUCUGAGCCAUCCACCGCUCAGAUUCCAACCGUGGCCGACGAUAAUGUUGCCACUACAGCCGCCGCCCCGGCCUCUCCUCCACUCCCCUCGAAGCAUACGGCUGUUGCGCCGGGCCCUCGCGCAGCACGGUUUCAGAAAGUCCUCGACGACAGCCUGACACAUACCCUCGGCAAGAUCAGCUGGGACAACUUCGCCUCCUGCUUCCCCACCAUUGCCGCCCAAGCUCCCGCCAAUCUCAAGGGCGUGCAGAAGCAGAUGGUCGACCGCCUAGGCGUGCUGUGCCGAAAGGAGUUUGCGACCAUUGUCCAGAGCCGCAACGUGGUCGCCAAGCUGAAUGAGCUCGAAAGCCUUGUCAGCCAGGCGGAGAGGAGGAGGGAAGAGGCUGGUGCCAUGGACUCCGCGGACGUGCCAGUACCGCCACAUCUAUUGCCGGCCAACACUAUACUUGCCGCCCACUUGGCCCCUCACCUUGCGCAGCAGCAGUCACAGCUCAACGCGAAGCUGCAGACAACGCAGGCGCACAAUGCCAAACUAUUUGGGGAAAUACAGAAGCAGCGAUCGGAGCUAGAAUCACUGCUAUUGCUGCUAGAAAAGCUGUUCGCGGACAUUGAUGGUGCAAACCAGUCCAUGGACGGAGUCGUCGAUGAGCUCGCAAGGGAGACGAGAAGCGCCGAAGUCGAACUGUCUGGCCCUUGA